AUGGUGUGUAUACGAGGUGUGGGGAAACUGGCUCUGCUCAUUGGCUUGUGCUGGUUGUGUUCUUCUGUCCAAGGGCACCCUCUGAGUAGAAGAUCGAUCAGUGAGGUGCAGCUGAUGCAUAACGUUCGCGAGCACAAACAGGUGGUGGAGCGCCAGGAUUGGCUGCAGGUGAAGCUGAAGAACAUCCUGUCUCCCUCGCCCAACGACUCCCAGAAGGGGAAGAAGGGCAAAUACAGAACUCUGUUCCCCCUGGAGCCUCUCUCCGAUCUCACAUAAGGGGAAGAAGGGCAAAUACAGGACUCUGUUCCCCGUGGAGCCCCCCCUCCGAUCUCACAUAAGAACCCUCUCUGGACUACAUCUCUGUGCGCGUGAGAGAGACGAUGCCUGGACAAGAACAUGAACUCAAACUCAAGCACAGGGAAACUGCAUAUUUAAACUCAGUGCGUGAAACCAAGACGUUCUUAUAAACAAAAGAUUUUUUAACUGACCAUUAUUUAUUUAUUUUGUA